GUUAAAGUGACAUAUCGUUUAAGUUCGAAUAUAUAAGUGUUGAAUAGAUGAAAUAAAAAUAUUAUCGUGAAUUUUGUAUUAACAUUUUUUUAAUAAAUAUUAUCUCAUUAUAUAAAUAUAAAGAUCACAAUUGAUAUAUUAAAUGACAGAUUGAAACUAGCAAUUAUUUGAUAUAACUGCUAUUGUUGUUUAAACAAUCAUUAUAAUGGAUAAUUAUUGUUCUCCGCAAUGGGUAGAUUUUACAUCUAAUCUAGAAGUGCCUUCAGAUAAUUAUUUUGACGAAGAUCAUGAAAUUGAUAAAUAUAGAGAAUGCUUGGUAGCAUCACAAACUGAAGUAAUAUUAACAGAAACAGAAAAGAAUGAAAAAAUUUCUAAGGAAACAAAAGAAUCUAUAAAAUUGGAAAAGAAAACUUUCAUAGAGUCCUCAUCUGAUAUUAAUGAAGAAGUAGAAACUGAAUUAAAUAUUAUAAAGAAUACACCAAUAAAACUAAUGUAUACUUCUUCCACUUCAUCAUAUGGUAGUAGUAAAUGUAAACUUCUUAAGAAAGUAUCAUAUAACGAUAUCAUUCAAGAAGCUAUGGAAAACUUACAAAAUUGUGUAUUAACACCAUCAAACGUUUUUAAAAAACCAAUGUUAAUUACAAACGAAGCAUCAAAAUUAGAAUUUCAAGAUAAUAAUCAAGUUAACUGUUCAUCCAGUAAAGAAAUAGAACAAGUUACAAAAGAUUUAUCUGAUGAAGAAAUAAAAAGUUUAUCAGCUUCUAUUACUAAACAUGAUAUUGAUACAACACCACAAAAUAAUUUGCUUAAUCCUAAUAAAUCAUCAAUAAAUUUGUUAAAAUACAAUGAGUUUGAUCAAAAGUUAGAUUGUGAUAAUAAUACUGCUUGUCAUACAUCUGAAAAUUCUACUAAAUUGUCAUUGAAAGUAAAUAUGUGCAACAAGCAAAAUUCAUGUAAGUCAAUAGAAAAAAGCAAUGGUAGGAAACAAUCCAGAACAUUAAGUUAUCAGUGUAGAAGACAGAGUCUUACAUUUCGUAGACAUUCCAAUCGAUAUAUCAGCUCAGCAGCAGCUGUUCUUCAGUAUCAAAAUAAAACUCCAGAAAGAUUUCAUAGUCAAAGUAGAAAAAAACAGAAAGAAUCGAAGGUUAAUGAGACGAAAGAGAACCAUUUAAAAUUAAAAUCUACAAAACAGAAUUUGUCAAAUUCUUUAUUCCAAACAACUUCAAAUAAGAACGUUACAUUGACAGAUGUAAAAAAAUCAAAAAUAAUAAAGUCAAACGGAUCUUGUUCAAAUGCUUCUACCAAAAGAACAUCUCGUAAUAAAAAUGUUUUUUCCGCAAUUGUAGACAAUAAUGGUUCUGGAUUAGUCAUUAAAAAAGAAAAAAUUUUAUUCUAUGAUAUUCCUAUAGAUUCCAAACAAAAGAAAACUACACGUCCUAUACCUUUUAGUUUCGAAAAUCGUGAUAAACUAAAGCAAGAGUCUAAAUUAAAACAGUCGCAGCUUAAUAAAAAUGAUAAUAAAAAUAUUGAAAAUCUCCCGAAUAAAAAGAAUUUAAGUAUGAUAAAAGGAGGAUCCUCUUUAUCUAUAUUUUCAACAAAUAGUCAGAAAAAUACAAGUAUAAAUAUACGUGAAAAAAAACUAUUAAAGGUAGAACAAGAAAAUAAACAAUGUGAUGUCAAUGCUUCUACAACAAAUGAAAUCAAUAUAGAUCAAAAAGGAAACAUCAAACCAAAAGUUAUGAAAAUCGGAAUGAAUUCUUAUGAGAGAGCGAAACAAAGACAUGAAUUUGAUGAAAAGAUUAAACAAAAGAUUAUUAUGCAAGAGAAAGAACGUCAAAAAGAAGAAGAGAAAAAAUUGGCUAAAGAAAAAUUACAAAUAGCUGUGCUUCGCAAGCAGACAGAGAUGAAAGCAAGACCUAUGCCAGUAUUUAAACCACCCCGUCAUAUUAAAUCUUUGAAACCAUUAACUGAACCGCAUAGUCCAGCUUGGGCGCAUAAAAAUAAAAAAUCAACUUCAUAAUAUUUUUUCUAGAGAGAGUAUAAAUAUAUUAUAUUGUAUAAGUAUAUUGCAUAUAUUCCAUUUUAUUUAAAAUAUUUUUUUAUGUAAAUAUGUAAAAGAAUAUAUGUAUAUGUAAGAUAAGUAACAUAUUAAAGUAUUAAUACAAGAACAUUAUAAAGGCAUUAAUAUUAGUUAAGAAGUAACAUCUUUUUUUAAUAUUUUUUUUU